CGCGAGAGCGGAAGUCUCGUCCGGCAGCUCCCGCCAGCCCGUGGGGAGCGUGGCGUCGCCGCGGCCGUCGGUGGACGCGUCUCUCGGAGGAGGCGCCAUGUUCCUCACCGCGGUCCUCCUCCGCGGCCGCCUUUCGGGCAGUCAGUGGAUCGGGAAGCACCGGCGGCCGCGCACCGUGUCCUUCCACGCGAAGCAGAACAUGAUCCGCCGCCUGGAGGUGGAGGCCGAGAACCACUACUGGCUGAGCAUGCCCUACCUGACGGCGGAGCAGGAGUACGGCCACGCCGCGGAGCGCAGGGCCCGGGAUUUUGAGGCCAUCAAGGCGGCCGCCACUUCCAAGUUCCCCAAGCACAGAUACGUGGCAGACCAGCUAGACCAUCUCAACGUCACGAAGAAAUGGUCCUAACCCGGUGCCAUCACCCUUCGAGUUUAUGGAUACCGGACUGCUCUGUCCUUAUUUGGUGCUGGAGCUGAAAAAAAAUGUAAUUUAUGUAACAGUGUGACCCCCCCUUCGACCAGUGUCUUAUUAAAACAAGCAUGAUUAAUA